CGCAGGACUAGACUCAGACUACAGAGACCAUGUCCACCUAAACAAAACAAAAUCUCAACAGCAAGCAGCUAAAUGUAAAGACAGAAUAAGUGUGUAUGCAAUAAAUGCAGAAACUUUGCACAUGCAAUGAAAGUGACAAGCAACUGACCCUCAUUUUAAAUCGUGUCAUUUUCAAGCAUGAGGCUAAAAAAUAGACCUAGAGUUGAAUAGGUUAACAAAAUUAUAGUCAACUAACUGGUUUUAACUUGUAGAAAUGUACAUCCUCGAUUUCAAAUAAAAUAAUAACUAUAUUUUUUUCACACCUAUUAACCACACAGAUUUUGUGCUGAUGGUUUUCAGGCUGGUUCACACCCAGUCGACCUCACACACAUGGUCUAGGAAGUAAGGAAAUAUUCUACAAACUUCUACUCGCUCGCAAGCCAAACGCAGCCAAGCAGCAGAGAACCAGGACCUUCCUUCAUCAGAAAAUCUGUUGACGCCUCGUCAUCAUGACCCCUGUAACGGCUCCUGCUGAUUCCCGACUCUUCCGAUACUCGGCUUUUCUGAAAGGCGAGCCCAAAGCACUGGGGACUGUGCAGAUCAUAAUCGGAAGCUUGACUUUCUUGCUCGGUAUUGUUUUAAUCUCGUUCACUGUCACAUCCAUGGUUGUCAGUGGUAUCACUUUGUGUGGAUCUCUGGUCUUCGUUAGUUGUGGUGCUUUAUCAGUCGCUACAGCCAAAAAGCAUAAUCCAUGCAUGGUGAAAGCCUCCUUGGGAAUGAACGUGUUCAGUGCUGUGGUUGCAGGUAUCUUGAUCAUUGUCCUCUUAUUGUUUAUGCUUUUCUUCUUUGACUCGUGUGCCUACGUCUACUCCUCUCAUAUCUAUUCCACCUACGGAUGUCAGCGGCGCCUUCAAUCAAUGUGGUAUGGAAUCUAUGGAGCGUUGAUGUUUUUCGACGUGCUCGAGCUCAUCAUUUCUAUCUGCACUUCUGCUUUCGCCUGUGAAGCUACCUGCUGCUCCACAACUACACCUAUACAUUCACAGCAGGUGACUAUAGAGCUGACUACAGAGGUGAUUACAGAGGUGAUGUAUACACAACAACAACCGAUCAAUCAACAGUUGAUCCAAAGUCCUGCCUACAACCAAGUUCCACAACAAUCUCCUGUAAUCACCUACAAUGUUUAAAUAAUUAAAAAUGAUGUAGUUCAGGACUUUUCUGAAACUUGCCAUAUUUUUGCAGUCAAAUCCUGCUUCCUGUUUCAUCUUUGUGUCUAAAAAUUACCUAAAAGUUAGUUGUAUAAAAUAAUUUCCUAUAGAAGUAAAAUACAAGAUUCGGGACAGCAGGAGCAGUUUAAAUGUUGUAUAAUGAUUGACUGUAUGAUUAACAAAUAAA